UCUUUAAAUAUUAGGGUGUCAUAUAUUUUAAAAUUGCAUAACUAAUUUGUUGUACUUUUUGUUUACUUUAUGUAUAUAUUUAUGUAAUUUAUUUCUUCCUAUCUAUUCAUUUUCUCUUUCCAUAUAUUUAAAAGGAUAAAUGACUUACAUUGUUCUUCUUGACACUUAUUUCUUCAUGUUUAAUUAUAUAUGUAUUUAGAAAAAAGAUAAGCAUAUAAGGAUACCUUUCAUUGUUAUUAUUUUUCUGUUUGUCUGUUUUGAGUUUAGUUUAGUUUAUUUAUAUUAAUGUCCCAUUUUAAAGCAACACUAGGAAUAUUUUGGGACGGAUUUCGUAAUUUUGAAUCACAAUCAGAUGACAAGGGUGACACCUGAGCUAACACCCCCCUAAAUUUCUACACCACACCAGCAGGAUGAUGUUUGGCCUUGAUGGAUGUUGCUUGCACCAGACACGCUGACAUGACGGGUUCUUUAGUGGAAUUGGGUCAUGAACCAGAAGCCUUCCAGUUCCAAAGCCGAGACCUUACCACCAGGCCACUGUGGCCCUUGUCUCUUUUGAAAAUAAAAAGACAAAAAGGGAUAUAGAUUUAAUGAUAAUUUGAUAAUAUCAUGCAAAUUCUUUUAUACAAAUUCAUUUCUUUCUGUCAUGUAAAUGACUUAAUUAUGUGAUAGUAAUUAGAAUUUGGGAGGGGGGUUCAUAAGUAUUAAAGCAAAUAAUUUGCUAUUGAAUUCUGUUGGAAAAUUAUUGAAACCAUCAACAAGUCAAAUAUGCAAAAAGUAACCAACACUUAAAUCUGCAUAUUGAAACAAGCUGUUUUAACAAGACAUUACAAAAAAAAUUAUAAUGCUGCACUUUUCUAAAAUUAUGUUUUACAAAAUAAUAUUCUAUUGUAUGAUUGAUUGGAGAAGACCCAAUUUUGUGCAGCAAACUAUACAAUAUAAGUAUUAAAUAUUUAAUGGCAGCUAUUUCUCAAGUAUAUAUUAUGUAUGAGCACCAUGAACAGAACAGAUAUAAGAGUUUUAAUAUAAUAAUUAUUUGAAGACCUUGGACAAGGAACUAUGCAAAAAGAAAGCUAUCCAUAUAUUCCUCUGAAUUACAACACGACCAAUAUCCUCAAAAAUUAUCUAAUAAUUAUAAACUAGAAACCAACAUAGAGAUUUUUGGGAAUUGCCUCUAUGCUAAUCUCUAGUGGACUAAUUAUUAGACCUAUAAAUUUAAAAAAUAGUAACUGAGUUUUCUAAAAAUUUCCAUUAUUUAUUACUGUCAUUCAAUUUUAUACAUAAAAAAAUUAAUUGCAAAAUUUUCUUUCAUAUUGUCACUUGUUAUAUCUGUAAAUAAAACUUAUGUAAGGUAUUAUUUUAUGAAACGUACAUAUAAAAAUGGGAAGUAUUUUUGUUAACAUAUUUCUUGUUAGUUAAUUGGCUGAAGUAGUGUUUCUGCUUUUUCAUCGAAGCUCCAACUAUAAGACAUCAGAAAUGUAUAGUUAAAAUGGAACACGUUGAACUUUAUUGUGCAAGACAGUGACAUAUUAUGAUUUAAAUUUCUAUUACAAUAUGAAUAACCUAAGAAAAAUUCUAAAGAAAAAAUGAUAAUCUAAGUGGCUUGAUUAAAAUUAAACACAACCAAUAUUCCUAGUAAUUAAAGCUGUUAGCUAAAAAAUAUUAAAGAAACAUUAGUAAUUUCUCCUUUUUACAUAUUUUGUAUAUGUAAAACUUGCUUACUCAAAGCUAUAUUUUAAAAAGUAAUUUGAUUUUUCUUUUAAGGUAAAUUUUAUAUUUAGCAAUAGCACAAGUUGUGCUAUGGGAGCAGCUGUAGCUGCAUAUAUGGCUUCUUCUCAAAAAAGAAAAAAUCCUGAAACCUACUUAAAUGAAUUGAAAGGACGCAUCCAAGAAAAUAAUAAGCUGUUUUCUGUGCAAAAUUUUCUGAAAUUAUUGGAAAACCCUAAUUUGUAUGCUGAAGCUUUGAUACUAGCUAAGUGUUAUCUAGAGCAUCUGAAAUUUGAUGUUCCUCUCUCUGUCAUAUGGGGUUUUAAUUUUUUGAAUGGAAAUUUUGAAGAAGCUGAAGAAAUAUUCAAAAUACAUCCAGUUUCUCUAAAUCAAGUGAAUUCUAUGAUAUGCGAAAAAAUUAGGUCUACAGAAAAUUUUGAUCUGAGCAAAACAUAUAGUGAAUUUCUCAAGAAAAAUUGUGAUGAUUUGAAAGUGAAGAUCAAGGCUUACCGUUGUAUUUUUGAACUGUUAGUAAAUAAGAAUAUGUAUGAAGAAGCCAUAAAGUUAAUUGAAGAAUUUAAAGAAAUGGAGAUUCCUAUCAGCAAUCUUCCUAUGAGUUCUUUAAAAAUCAUACAUAACUUUUGUGUAAAGAAUUUAGAGAAAAAUGAAAGUGUAACAAAAUUCGCUUUACCUCUAAAAGAAACUUAUCACUCUAGCUCUGACUCUGAUUUGGAAUGAAAUUCUUGGAUAUUUACAAGAACCAAAAUGGAAUAUGAAUUUCUACAAG